AUGGACCGGUUGGACCAACCGGCCUGUUGGUCCUAUGGACCGGUUGGACCAACGGGCCAGUUGGUCCUAUGGACCGGUUGGACCAACGGGCCUGUUGGUCUUGUGGACCGGUUGGACCAACGGGCCAGUUGGUCCUAUGGACCGGUUGGACCAACCGGCCAGUUGGUCCUGUGGACCGGUUGGACCAACCGGCCAGUUGGUCCUCUGGACCGGUUGGACCAACCGGCCAGUUGGUCCUGUGGACCGGUUGGACCAACCGGCCAGUUGGUCCUGUGGACCGGUUGGACGAACCGGCCAGUUGGUCCUGUGGACCGGUUGGACCAACCGGCCUGUUGGUCCUGUGGACCCGUUGGACCAACCAGCCUGUUGGUCCUUUGGACCCGUUGGACCAACGGGCCAGUUGGUCCUGUGGACCAGUUGGACCAACCGUCCUGUUGGUCCUUUGGACCCGUUGGACCAACCGGCCUGUUGGUCCUGUGUACCGGUCGGACCAAACGGCCUGUUGGUCCUGUGGACCGGUUGGACCAACCGGCCAGUUGGUCCUGUGGACCGGUUGGACCAACCGGCCUUUUGGUCCAGUGGACCGGUUGGACCAACCGGCCUGUUGGUCCUGUGGACCGGUUGGACCAACCGGCCUGUUGGUUUUGUGGACCGGUUGGACCAACCGGCCUGUUGGUCCUGUGGACCGGUUGGACCAACCGGCCUGUUGGUCCUGUGGACCGGUUGGACCAACCGGCCUGUUGGUCCUGUGGACCGGUUGGACCAACCGGCCAGUUGGUCCUGUGGACCGGUUGGACCAACCGGCCAGUUGGUCCUGUGGACCGGUUGGACCAACCGGCCUGUUGGUCCUGUGGACCGGUUGGACCAACCGGCCAGUUGGUCCUGUGGACCGGUUGGACCAACCGGCCAGUUGGUCUGUGUGGACAGUUGGUCCUGUGGACCGGUUGGACCAACCGGCCUGAUGGUCCUGUGGACUGGUUGGACCAACCGGCCUGUUGGUCCUGUGGACCGGUUGGACCAACCGGCCUGUUGGUCCUGUGGACCGGUUUGAACCAAUCGGCCUGUUGGUCCUGUGGACCGGUUGGACCAACCGACCUGUCGGUCCUGUGGACCGGUUGGACCAACCGGCCUGUUGGUCCUGUGGACGGUUGGACCAACCGGCUUGUUGGCCCUGUGGACCCGUUGGACCAACCAGCCUGUUGGUCCUUUGGACCCGUUGGACCAACGGGCCAGUUAGUCCUGUGGACCAGUUGGACCAACCGGCCUGUUGGUCCUUUGGACCCGUUGGACCAACCGGCCUGUUGGUCCUGUGGACCGGUUGGACCAACCGGCCAGUUGGUCCUGUGGACCGGUUGGACCAACCGGCAUGUUGGUCCUGUGGACCGGUUGGACCAACCGGCCUGUUGGUCCUGUGGACUGGUUGGACCAACCGGCCAGUUGGUCCUGUGGACCGGUUGGACCAACCGGCCAGUUGGUCCUGUGGACCGGUUGGACCAACCCGCCUGUUGGUCGUGUGGACCGGUUGGACCAACCGGCCAGUUGGUCCUGUGGACCGGUUGGACCAACCGGCCAGUUGGUCGUGUGGACCGGUUGGUCCAACCGGCCAGUUGGUCCUGUGGACCGGUUGGACCAACCGGCCUGAUGGUCCUGUGGACCGGUUGGACCAACCGGCCAGUUGGUCCUGUGGACCGCUUGGACCAACCGGCCUGUUGGUCCUGUGGACCGGUUGAACCAACCGGCCUGUUGGUCCUGUGGACCGGUUGGACCAACCGGCCUGUUGGUCCUGUGGACCGGUGGACCAACCGGCCUGUUGGUCCUGUGGACCGGUUGGACCAACCGGCCUGUUGGCCCUGUGGACCGGUUGGACCAACCGGCCUGUUGGUCUUAUGGACCGGUUGGACCAACCGGCCUGUUGGUCCUGUGGACCAGUUGGACCAACGGGCCUGUUGGUCCUGUGGACCGUUGGUCCUGUGGACCGGUUUGACCAACCGGCCUGUUGGUCCUGUGGACCGGUUGGACCAACCGGCCUGUUGGUCCUGUGGACCGGUUGGACCAACCGGCCUUUUGGUCCUGUGGACCGGUUGGACCAACCGGCCUGUUGGUCCUGUGGACCGGUUGGACCAACCGGCCAGUUGGUCCUUUACACCGGUUGGACCAACCGGUCUGUUGGUCCUAUGGACCGGUUGGACCAACCGGCCUGUUGGUCCUGUGGACCGGUUGGACCAACCGGCCUGUUGGUCCUGUAGACCGGUUGGACCAACCGGCCUGUUGGUCCUGUGGACCGGUUGGGACCAACCGGCCUGUUUGUCCUGUGGACCGGUUGGACCAACCGGCCUGUUGGUCCUGUGGACCGGUUGGACCAACCGGCCAGUUGGUCCUGUGGACCGGUUGGACCAACCGGCCUGUUGGUCCUCUGGACCGGUUGGACUAACCGGCCUGUUGGUCCUCUGGACCGGUUGGACCAACCGGCCAGUUGGUCUUGUGGACCGGUUUGGACCAACCGGCCUGUUGGUCCUGUGGACCGGUUUGACCAACCGGCCUGUUGGUCAUGUGGACCGGUUGGUCCAACCGGCCAGUUGGUCCUGUGGACCGGUUGGACCAACCGGCCAGUUGGUCCUGUGGACCGGUUGGACCAAUCGGCCUGUUGGUCCUGUGGACCGGUUGGACCAACCGGCCCUGUUGGUCCUUUGGACCGGUUGGACCAACCGGCCUGUUGGUCCUGUGGACCGGUUGGACCUACCGGCCUGUUGGUCCUGUGGACCGGUUGGACCAACCGGCCUGUUGGUCCUGUGGACCGGUUGGACCAACCGGCCUGUUGGUCCUGUGGACCGGUUGGACCAACCGGCCUUUUGGUCCUGUGGACCGGUUGGACCAACCGGCCUGUUGGUCCUGUGGACCGGUUGGACCAACCGGCCUGUUGGUCCUGUGGACCGGUUGGACCAGCCGGCCUGUUGGUCCUGUGGACCGGUUGGACCACCCGGCCAGUUGGUCCUGUGGACCGUUUGGACCAACCGGCCUGUUGGUCCUAUGGACCGGUUGGACCAACCGGCCUGUUGGUCCUGUGGACCGGUUGGACCAACUGACCUGUUGGUCCUGUGGACCGGUUGGACCAACCGGCCAGUUGGUCCUGUGGACCGGUUGGACCAACCGGCCAGUUGGUCUUGUGGACCGGUUGGACCAACCGGCCUGUUGGUCCUGUGGACCGGUUUGACCAACCGGCCAGUUGGUCAUGUGGACCGGUUGGACCAACCGGCCUGUUGGUCCUGUGGACCGGUUGGACCAACCGGCCAGUUGGUCCUUUACACCGGUUGGACCAACCGGUCUGUUGGUCCUAUGGACCGGUUGGACCAACCGGCCUGUUGGUCCUGUGGACCGGUUGGACCAACCGGCCUGUUGGUCCUGUGGACCGGUUGGACCAACUGGCCUGUUGGUCCUGUGGACCGGUUGGACCAACCGGCCUGUUGGUCCUGUGGACCGGUUGGACCAACCAGCCUGUUGGUCCUGUGGACCGGUUGGACCAACCGGCCUGUUGGUCCUGUGGACCGGUUGGACCAACGGCCUGUUGGUCCUGUGGACCGGUUGGACCAACGGGCCUGUUGGUCCUGUGGACCGGUUGGACCAACCGGCCUGUUGGUCCUGUGGACCCGUUGGACCAACCGGCCUGUUGGUCCUUUGGACCGGUUGGACCAACCGGCCUGUUGGUCCUGUGGACCGGUUGGACCAACCGGCCUGUCCCGCUGGACCAACCGGCCUGUUGGUCCUUUGGACCCGUUGGACCAACCGGCCAGUUGGUCCUGUGGACCGGUUGGACCAACCGGUCUGUUGGUCCUAUGGACCGGUUGGACCAACCGGCCAGUUGGUCCUGUGGACCGGUUGGACCAACCGGCCAGUUGGUCCUGUGGACCGGUUGGACCAACCGGCCUGUUGGUCCUGUGGACCGGUUGGACCAACCGGCCUGUUGGUCCUCUGGACCGGUUGGACUAA